AUGAAAAAUUCGAUUUCAGUCAAUUGGGUAGCUCCCAAAAUGAUGCGUGGAUGUGUCACUUUUCGUGCUACUGUCGUUCGUACUGAUCAUAUCUGGUUUAAAGAUGAUGGUGGUUUAUCGUACACAAUGUGCGAGGACCGGAAUAUGUCUCAUUUUUCAACGUUAAUUGGAGCAGUUCAUAACAAUAAUUAUACGUUAUUUGAACUGGAUGGUUAUGCGAGUAAAGGUUUACAUGAACUGGCAUUGUAUGGGAUUACAGACACGUUAGAACAAGAAUUAAUAAAUGAAUCGUUCAGUAGUGUAUUACGUAACAUUGUUCUUGCAAAAGGUUUAAAUGCAAACGAAUUGCAAUCUUCUUCGAAUACCUCUUUUACCGUUUCCCCAAAACAUCAUAAAUUAAGUGUAAUAUCAAAGUUUGCACCUAGUCCUGAUUGGUUUGCAGGAAUAAAUUCAUUCGAUCUAUGUUUGUCUAAUUGUACAUGGAUCGACUUUUACUCAGAAGAUUUGUAUCUGUAUGAUGCUGGAGUUGAUAGCGGGAGAACAUACACAUCAGAGAAACUGCCAACGGUCCCACAGGAAAAAAUCCACUCAAUUACAACAAAUGACGGAAAAUCACCAUUUUUUGAUCCAAUGAAAAAAUCUUUGCAGCCAGUUGCACGUCUAUCAAUUAAAAAAACAUUGAUAAGGGGUUGUCAUGCAAAUGAAGCACCUACAAACACCCAUCUGGAUCGAGCUGAUUAUGACUUAUCACAUAAUAAUCAUAGAAAUCAACGAAUCCGGUACAAAUACAAUGAUAAUGGACAAAAAGUACACGUCUAUGAUGAAAUCGCAUCAUGUUUUAAUGCACAUUCCACAUGUCCAUCGUCACUAAAUACAAUGAAUAAAACGAAAUUAAAUAUGCAGGAGACAAAAGACAGAACAAAUGAUGAUCCAAUGUGUAUGACGACUAAAUGGGGACCAUGGUCUGCGUGUUCUGUCUCAUGUGGAGAAGGAAUGCGUACACGUUCUCGGACGAUGUUGAAGAAUGUGGAUGCUGCUCGUUGUGGCAUACAGCUGAUGGAAAAAGAAGAAUGUCGUGGCAUGAAAGUAAAUUGUGAUCAAGGUCGUUUAACAGAUAUGAUGGAAAAGAAAAGAAUUUGUAUGCAGUCGUUAGAAACUGGCCCAUGUACAAAUUAUGAACGACGAUAUUAUUUAAAUAUCGAUAUGAAAAAAUGUGUUGAAUUUGAAUUUGGUGGUUGUGACGGGAAUGAAAAUAACUUUUUAACGCGUGAUACAUGCGAAGAUACUUGUGAUAUAUUAUUACGUGGACGAACAGAGGACGGAAAAGACACUCGAUGUAUGACAAUUCCGUGGUCCGAAUGGUCAGCGUGUACAGCAUCAUGUGGUACUGGUACACAAGUCCGUUUUCGUUCAUAUAAAGUCAAAUUUUUGGCAAUGGGUUUUUGUGGAGAACAGCUCGAAGAAACUCGUACUUGUGAAACACCUUGUGAUAGUGCAAAUAUGCAUCGAUUGUCGGAUUCCAAACGAUUGAUGAUAAAAAAUAUGGACGCAAUGGAAAGAAAGGGAAAAUGUUUACAGCCAUUAGAACCGGGACCAUGCACAUCAUUUUCGAGUCGUUAUUACUUUGAUGGUACAAGAAAAAAAUGUACACAAUUCCGUUUUGGAGGCUGUAGAGGUAAUGAUAACAAUUUUGCAACUGCGGAAGAAUGUGAAGAAAUGUGUAUUGAGCUUAUUCAAAAGAAAUUAACUAUGAACGAUCCGACAUGUUUAACAACUAUGUGGGGCGACUGGUCGGAAUGUUCAAGUGUUACCUGUGAUAAACCGGGUGUUCAAUGGCGUUACAGGUCAUAUGUAGACAAAACUGCUGCGGCAGGAAAAUGCAAUGAAUUGUUAACAGAAAAUCAAAUUUGUACAAAAAAAUGUCUCAUGGCAGAAGAAUCGAUAAAAUCAGGCCCGAUUAAAACUCCUCAACGUCGUGUACGAAAUCGCUGCUGUGCAUGUGAUGACGCAAAAUACGAAGCAACGUUUCAGGGUUUAUGGUCUAGACAGACACAUCCAAAAGAUUGGCCUAGAGUAUGGGAAUAUGGUAAUAUUGCAAGUGAUGGAUUGAAGCACGUCGCUGAAUGGGGAGCAAUUGGUACCAUGCAAAAAGAACUACGUAAUCAUACAAAGUUUGGCGUAAUACGUAAUAUAGUUGUUAUUCCUGGGCUAUGGACAGUAAACGUUGCCAAAUCGACAACCGGCUACUUUACAACAUCAAGAAAUCAUAAUUUCUUUUCAUUUGUCACAAUGCUUGGACCUAGUCCAGACUGGAUAGCCGGUAUAUCAGGGCUUGAUUUGUGUUUACCAAAUUGCACUUGGCUUGAUUCUUAUGAAGAAAGCUUGUAUCCUGUAGAUGCUGGUACAGAUAUGGGCGUCUUAUAUGAUGGUCCUAAAAAACCUAAUAAUCCUCGUGAACCCAUUCAACCCAUUAUUGUAUCACGGAUAAGUGAUACACGAUCACCGUUUUAUGAUGAAACAGGACGGCAAAUGCUACCCGUAGCAAAGAUUACAAUCAAAAGACAAAUGCUUCGAGGAGAAUCAUGUCCAAAUGGUCGCUUGACUCAUAAUCCAAAUCAACAACAAAAUGCAGCUUUUAAUGAUUAUCCCGAUUUAAGUAGAAUUAGCGAAAUGGAAAAUGAUAAGGAAAUAUCAAAAACAAAAGUUGAAUUAAUUGAUGAAAGUCCAACUGAUAUGCGAUGUAUGACGUCCGAAUGGAGUACGUGGUCUGAGUGUAAUGUCAAAUGUGGUAAUGGUUUGCGGCAGCGAACAAGAAUGUAUAAAAAUGCACACUUGGCCAGAGGUGUUUGUAAUGAAAGAUUAAGUGAAAGUGAAAUGUGUUUCAAUACAAAUGAUUAUUGUGAAGAUGAUAUCAAAGAAACGGCAAUCUGCGCAGUCAGUGAGUGGUCUUCAUGGUCACCGUGCACGGUUUCAUGUGGUAAAGGUUAUACAGAACGAGUACGAUGGUAUUUGAAUGAUCAAUCAACAGUUAUUGGAAAAUGUCAAAUUUAUCUUAAUGAAAAACGACAAUGCCAAGGUGCUGCUGCAGAAUGUGAGACUCUUAUACCAGAAGAAAAGAAAGCAAUUUGUAUGUCAGAUCCGAAAGAAGAUGGCCGAUGUCGUAAUUUACAACGUUAUUAUUUUGAUAAAAAGUCAAUGUCAUGUUUACCAUUCAAAAAUGGGGCUUGUGCAAACCGUGGGGCACACAAAAAUAAUUUCCAAGAUAAAGCUGAAUGUGAACAAAUGUGCAAUUUUCUAGUGCCAACAUUUGAAAAAUAUGAUGAUUAUUCGAUGUAUUCAUGUCCGCCAACAACACAAUGGACGACAUGGAGUGAAUGUUCUGUUAGUUGCGGAAGAGGCUGGCGUACAAGAACACGUGCAUAUAUUCAAAAUAGCAAUCAGAUGGUAAAUCCAAACUGUCCACCGUUAGAAGAAAGGGAACUAUGUCAAAUGGGAAAAUGUCAUUGUAUUGUCAGUCAGUGGAGUUCAUGGAGUCCUUGUACACAAACAUGUGGCCCAGAUGCAGUUCAAAUACGUACGAGAUCGAUUAUUCGACGUCCAAAGAAUAACGGAAGACGAUGUGGACCACUAAAAGAAACUAGAUAUUGCCCCGUACCUAAUUGUUAA